AUGUGCGGACCUAAACUAAUCCUAUUUCCGGUACUUUACUUCGUCUUGGUACCAGCCGUGGCCGGCCACGGUUACGUCAAGUCAUGGGCUUCGGAGGAUCUAAAAUUCCAAAAGGCUCAGAAGCAAUCACUGAGUGACACCGCGUUCCGGAACGCACCCACGAAUAUCGGUUGGAUUGGGAGCCAAUUCAUCAAUACCCCCGCCUUCGUUUGCGGCGCAUCUGAAACUCCUCAUGAUAAGGUUGCCCCACCAAGCGGAACACUUUUCAGUGCCGCAGACCAGAGCGCCAAGAAAACUUUAGCGGUCAACGCCGGCAGCAAAGUGUCGCUAAUCAUUGGAGGAAAUCAGGGUGAAGGCUUUCCCCACCCCACGGGGCACAUGUUGGCUUACCUUGGUUUUUGUGGAAAGUCUCCGACAGCCUGUCAAGACUUUGAUGCAUCUAAAGCAGAUUAUCAUAGGAUUCAAGCCGAGAUUGACGGUAUCUCUAACAAACUUCGAAAGCAAUUCAACUCUGAACAAGAUGGCCACCGCUGGGAUGUCCCGAUUCCCAAAGAUAUUUCUGAUGGAAGUUAUAUACUUCGGAUAGAAAUGAUUGCAUUCGGUCAAUCAAGUCCUGUGGAAGGGCAUCAGGAUCAGUAUUAUGUGUUUUGCGGACAGAUUGCAGUGAAAGGAGGCACGGGAUCAAGUCCUAUCCCGGAUGACGAUCAACCUACCAUCAGACUUCCGGGCGCGUUCAAAUCUGGAAAUAUCAGCCCGAAAUCAUUGCCGACCCCAUUGAAAUUGGCCGCAGGCUUGAGUGCCAAAGAGUCUCAAAGUAAGGUGCAAACAAAAUCUUUGAACCCCGAUGGUGACAGCAACGAAAAAAAAUCCUCAGACUCGUCAGACCCUCCUGAGUCCUCAGACUCCAAACCCAUCGUUACUUCGGUAUGCGGAGAUCGUUGUUAUAAGAAAAAAAUAACCGAGUUGAAGGAUUUGGCACCGAGCUGCUCCGCCGAUCAAUUUACCUGUAUCUGCAAAUCCCAGUCAUUUGUCAAAGCAUAUCAAUCCUGCUGCAAUGAUCACUGUCAGGGCGUUCGAGAGACACGGUCAGCUGUUAACGAAAUCUACGUUAAAUGCGAAUCCGCUCAAUCUCCAUCCGAUUCAGAUGACAACUCGAAAUGA